GUGAGAAAUGCAACGCGGGAUACCUGUUAUGGCUCAGCGACUUCCUCGGUUGGUUCAGCAAGUGGAGGUGUCCACUCAGCCUGGGAUGCUCCUCCCCUGCAGGCUGGUCAGUUCCAGUGUGCCUUCGUCUGUGCCCCCCGUCCCCUCCUCUCAGUUGCACAUCCACCUCCAUGGGGACCUGCUGCUGAGCACUGGCCGCUGGUUCUUCAGCACACCCGGUUCGAUGGAUCGGUGUUGACAGGAUUAUUUUAUUUGCCUCUCUCAGCUUUUUCCCAAAAUAUUCCUGGAGUCCAUUUGUGGAAUAAUGACUUGGGCACUUUUUGCUGUUAUAUUUAGUCUGGAACUUUGCUAUGUUGCUGCUCUCGAGCUGCGCUUCACGUCGGACCCGCCACUGCUGAACAUCCACGGCGUCCACAGGAUGAACAAGUCUGACAACCUGGAGCUCACAUGCAGAGGUCGCCAGUACCUGCGUUGGACCACCCCACCCACCAGCGCUCGCUUUUCCAUCAGCGACUGUAGCGGGUCGGGACUGUUUUGCACAGAGCUCCGGAUCACCAACGCCACUGUCAAUGAAACGGGACAGUACCGGUGCUCCUACCGCGAUCUCAAAGUCGAAGGCGGCAAGACGACCGCGACGGUUCACGUUUUUGUUCAUGACGACAAGGUGCCGUUUGUUCCGUCCGAGAAGGAAUAUGAGGUGGUGUUCAUCCGGGAAGGUGAGCGGGUGGUCAUACCGUGUCGGGGAUCUCUGGAGGACCUCAACGUGACACUUCAUACUAAGUAUCCAAACAAAGAGUUCCAUCCGGACGGGAAAGACUCCCUGUGGGACGCCAGGACUGGUUUCACCAUCCCCAGUCAUCUGAUCAGCUAUGCCGGCGUGGUGUCCUGCCAGACUCGUAUUGGCGACGAGAUCUUCAAGUCCCCCCUCUAUGUGGUGGCCGUCGUGGGAUACAAGAUCUACGACCUCACCCUGACCCCCGCGCAAGUUAGGCUGUCCGUCGGGGAGCGUCUGGUGCUCAGCUGUACCGCGUACACUGAACUCAACGUGGGCAUCGAGUUCAACUGGACACAUGCAGGCCAGCCUUUGAUGGUGGGCAACGGUUCUAAGGCGGCUCACAUGACGCCGCACAAGAAGAAGCUGUGGGACUCUCUGGAGCUGUCCAACAAACUGGUGGUGGACAACGUGACGGUGGAGCACACAGGCGAAUACACUUGCACGGCCUCCAGUGGAGCCAUGGAGAAAAGAGCCUCGGCCUUUCUCAAGGUCUACGAGAAGCCGUUCAUUGACAUAAAGGAGCCGUGGACCAAAGUGUGGGAGGUGAACGUGGGAAGUUUGUCGUCCACCUCCAUACCCGUCAGGUACACGGCAUACCCCGAGCCAAGCUUUAAAUGGUUAAAAAACGGCCUCCCACUGACAGAAGACCACCGCAUCAAGCAGAGAAGUGACGCCCUCAUCUUUCGCGGCGUCACCGAAACCGACGCGGGGAACUACACCAUCGUCCUCAGCAACAAAAUCACCAAAGACGAGCAAAGGAGAUCGUUCCAGCUUCUGGUCAAUGUUCCUCCCCACAUCAUUGAGAAGGAGGUGGCGGUGGACACGGACGUUUUUUUGUAUGGCAGCAGACCCACGCUGCGAUGCACCGCCCGGGGCUUCCCCACACCCACACACAUCCAGUGGCAGUGGAUGUCCACAGACGACUGUCCGGAGGCUUUCGUGCCAGGCCUGCCAAAGUCAGAGGCGCAAAUAGUCUACUGCAAAGCUUGGCGUGACCUUGACAACGGCACCGCACACAACCCCGUGCAGCGGAUCUUCUCUGAUGUGGAUCACAACCAGAAGAAAAUGGUGAGCUCCUUGAAGUUCCAGAAAGCAGAGGUCCACGCCCUGUACCGAUGUACUGCCGCCAACAAAAUGGGAAAGGAUUCCCGCGUUAUUUUUUUCCAUGUGACACGCGGCCUGGAGCUGAGCAUGUUGCCGUCCAACGAACCCCUGGAGGAGGAGCACGUGGCUCUGCGUUGCAAGGCCGACGGGCUGAUCUACGGCAACCUGGCUUGGUUCCACGUGUCCAAUGAGUCCGGGUGGGAGCGGACGUCGGCCGUGCAGCCCUGCCGCUCUUUGGCGCUGCCGCCAACGCCGCUGCUGCGCCGCGAUGCGUUCAACGCCGAGCGCGGCGCCAACGUGAGUUUGGAGCUCUUGCUGCCCAACGCUUCCCGCCACGACGAGGGCCUCUAUGCCUGCCAGGUGGAGAACCUCAAGACCAGGGAGAGGACUUGUCUGCUGCGUCACCUGUCGCUCAGAGGUCUCGAGGCUCCGAGAAUCCUCAACAACCUCACCGACCAAAAAGUCAACGUGAGCGCCACCGUCACGCUGCUGUGCGCCGCCGCCGGCACGCCCGACCCAAAGGUGGUGUGGACCAAAAACAACCACACAGUGGUGGAAGGCUCCGGCGUGAUCCUGAGCCGGCGUGGUCACGUGCUGACCAUCAAGCGUGUCAAGAAGGAUGACGCCGGCUUGUACAGCUGCUCUGCUUGCAACAGCCGCGGAUGCGACACCUCACAGAUCAUCUUGACGACGGAAGGUGCGGAGGAAAAGACCAACGUGGAGCUGAUUGUUCCCAUCGGCUCGGUGGUCAUCGCCAUGUUUUUCUGGCUCCUGAUCGUCUUUGUCAUCCGCGGGAGAAAAAGACCCAACGGUGGCGAUCUUAAGACGGGCUACCUCUCCAUGAUCCUGGACUCGGAGGACGUGCCCAUGGACGAGCAGUGUGAGAGGCUCACUUACGACGCAAACAAGUGGGAAUUCCCUCGGGACAGGCUGAAGCUCGGUGAUCCACUGGGACGAGGCGCCUUCGGCCAGGUUGUGGAAGCCGCCGCUUUCGGCAUCGAGAAAAUCACCACCUGCACCACCGUGGCCGUCAAGAUGCUGAAAGAGGGCGCCACGUCCAGCGAGUAUCGAGCUCUGAUGUCGGAAUUGAAGAUUCUCAUCCACAUCGGACAUCACCUCAAUGUGGUCAACCUUUUGGGAGCUUGUACGAAGCCUGGCGGCCCUCUCAUGGUCAUCGUUGAGUACUGCAAACAUGGAAACCUCUCCAGCUACCUGAAGAGCAAACGUGGGGAAUACAGUCCGUACAAGAGAAAGAAUACGGACAGCAAAAGGUGGACAUCCGUGGAAGACCAUGUGACCGAAUGUGAUCUCGGCCUCGGGAAGAUCGCCGAGCUGGAGAUCUGCACGGGUACGGCCGACAGAGCGUCAGGCAGCCACCUGGAUCCUCAGGAUGAGAGUACAGACGAUGACCACUUGACCAUGGAGGACCUGAUCUGCUACAGUUUCCAGGUGGCCAAAGGCAUGGAGUUCCUGUCCUCUCGCAAGUGCAUCCACAGAGAUCUGGCGGCCAGGAACAUCCUGCUCUCUGAAAACAACGUGGUAAAGAUCUGCGACUUUGGUCUGGCCAGGGACGUCUACAAGGACCCCGACUACGUCCGCAAGGGAGACGCAAGGCUCCCUUUGAAGUGGAUGGCGCCGGAGACCAUCUUCGACCGGGUGUACACCACGCAAAGUGAUGUUUGGUCCUUUGGGGUCCUUCUCUGGGAGAUCUUUUCACUGGGCGCUUCUCCCUAUCCUGGCGUGUGCAUCGACGAGACUUUCUGUCGACGGCUUAAAGAAGGCACAAGGAUGAGACCACCAGAGUACGCCACUUCCGAAAUAUACCAGACCAUGUUGGACUGCUGGCUGGACCGCCCCACGGACAGGCCCACCUUCGCAGAACUGGUGGAGCAUCUGGGUAACCUGCUGCAGGCCAGCGCUCGUCAGGACGGCAAGGACUACAUCCCCCUGACGGCAGAAGGCGACGUGGCAGGAGUGCCGGGUUCCGCCGCGUCUCAGAGCAGAGACAUCCUGGAAGCUCAGCCGCACUAUGACAAUGCUCUGUUUCUCGGGCAGGGCGAAAUGUGCAUGAAGACGUUUGACGACGUCCCCGUGGAGCAAAGCAGCGUCUUGGUGGGUCACAUGGACUGUUCACCCGAGGAAGCAAAAGGUUCGAGUCCACAGCUCCUAACGACGCCCAACUUGAGCCAGCUCCUGCGCUGCAAAAGCAAAGAGUCGCUGGCGUCCGAGUCAUCCAACCAGACGAGCGGCUACCAGUCGGGCUACCAUUCGGACGACGCCGAUGCGCCCGUCUACGCCAACGAGGAGACCAUCGUCAAGCACAACAUGCUCCUGAAAAAGCAGAAACCUCCUCCAACGCCUCCCGUGCCCAAGUUUAGCAUGGAGAUCCGUUACAGCACGCCCCCCGUCUGACCUUGGAACCCUUCGGUCUUGUACAGUUUUUUUUUUUUUUUU